GGUCUGAGCAGGAAAAGGAGGCGGGGCCUAACCAGCGGAGUUUGAUUGUUUGAGCAAACUUUUCAGCAGGACCGCUUGCCUCCUUUCCCUCUGCGGUGACGGAUCCGGACAAAAGGAGUUGGAAAGACUCUCUUCAUUUUCAGCCUGAAGCCAAGGUCCAGAUCGAGCCGUCACCAUGUCUAGCAAACGUGCCAAGGGAAAGACCACCAAGAAGCGGCCACAGAGGGCCACCUCCAAUGUCUUUGCCAUGUUUGACCAGUCCCAGAUCCAGGAGUUCAAAGAGGCAUUCAACAUGAUUGACCAGAACAGGGAUGGUUUCAUCGACAAGGAGGAUCUGCAUGACAUGCUGGCCUCUUUGGGUAAGAACCCUUCGGAUGAAUACCUUGAGGGAAUGAUGAACGAGGCUCCGGGGCCCAUUAACUUCACCAUGUUCCUCACAAUGUUUGGAGAGCGGCUGAACGGGACGGACCCCGAGGAUGUCAUUCGCAACGCCUUCGCCUGCUUUGAUGAGGAGGGAUCUGGGUUCAUCCACGAGGACCACUUGAGAGAGCUGCUGACCACCAUGGGCGAUCGCUUCACAGAUGAAGAGGUGGACGAGCUGUUCCGUGAGGCGCCAAUCGACAAGAAGGGCAACUUCAACUACGCGGAGUUCACUCGCAUCCUCAAACACGGCGCAAAGGACAAGGACGAUGAAUAG